AUGGAAAAUGUGUCGGCUACGAUCUUUGCCUCUGCAAUUCCUCUUGGUCGGGUCGCGCAUGUAGUGUUCCUGAUUGUAGUGCUGUAAAAAAUUGCUCUAGCCAAGGAGAUUGCGUCCUGCCUAACAUUUGUUCUUGUUAUCCAGCUUUUGAUGGCGAAAACUGCGACCAGAGCACAAAAGCAAACAUAAAUCCUCCAAGAUUUAACGACACAUUUUAUAGCGCAACCAUUGUGGAAAAUUCUCCUGUAGGAACAGUGAUUUUACAAGUAAAAGCCAACGAUACAGAUUCAGGAAGAAACGGUCAGAUAUUUUAUGCUAUACUUGGUGAUGAUAACGUAGAAAGUAUUCUUACCGUUGGCGGACAAUCUGGAAAGGUUUACAUCGCAAAGAAGCUGGAUUUUGAAACAAUUGAGAUCAAAUCAUUCAAUGUGACCCUGGUUGCCGCGGAUAAUGGAUAUCCACAGAAAUCUGGAAUCGCUACUAUGCAGAUAACAAUAGUGGAUGAAAAUGACAAUUGUCCAAGCUUCAUCGAGCCACCAGGAGAUCUAAAACUAGAAUUCUUUGCACUCAUUCCCGGAGAAACCGUAACCAAAGUUUCUGCAAUUGACUUGGACAGUGGAGUAAACAGCGAAAUAACUUACAGCCUAUCCAAAAAUGACGCGUUCUCUAUUGAUCCCAAAACUGGUGUAGUUACCGUGGUGUCCAACCUGACGAAGAAAGUUCAUUAUCUCAUUGUUAGUGCCAGUGACAAUGGGGACGUUUCUUGCAUAACAGACAUCAGUUUGACAGUUGAAAUUGGCGUCUUUCCAACCACAAAAGCCCAGACUAGACCCACCACUUCAUCUACUUUUCCUGAGACUUUGCCUCCCAAAACAGAGCCCCGGACUAGACCUACCACUUCCUUCACAAACAGGAAAUCCGAAACCUCUGGUACUAAGGCGUUCACAGGUGAGUUUGUUUCUAUAUGUAAACGGUGAGAACAUCAUCAAAGCGCUUUUCUUGGCUAAAUAGUUAAAUGACAACCUCAAAGGAGAGAAAAUAAAUGAACAAAAUACUUACAAGGGAGAUGAACGAAUAUGGAGCGAAGAUGAACGAGAUGAACAAACGACAAGAUUCACCCAAUUCAAAACGAAACGCCUGACAUAUUUAACCGAUUUGACCUCUUUAACAAGUAGAAUUAACUAUUUUACAUUCAGCACUGAAAUUAAAGAUGGAGUCAACUCGCUUACCGAUUCAGUUCUGCAAUUGAAUCAGUACUGGAGGAACCGCAUAGAAAUGUCAUGGAGAGAUUGAAAAGAGUUAACGUAAACGUUGUGUUCAUUUCGCGUGCAAACACGUUACCAGUUGCUAUAAAAAAUUCAGAGAGUGAUUAACUAUUUUAACAUCGUUUGUAUUAUAAAAAGGUAGUAACAAUUCAUUAAUGAAUAAAAUAAACCAUGCUUGACGCAAACAGAUCCGACUCCUUACUCAAGCGGAUAAGUAAAAAAAGAAUUCAUUUCUUUUUCGUUCGAGUUCAAGUUUAAAAUAUUUUUUAUUCUUUCUUUUUGGACAAAGGAGCGACUACUUCGCAUGUACCAACGGAGGUAGGCGCGGUUCCUCGCGAAGGUUCAAUUUAUGGAAUAAUUGGUGGGUCUUUAGUUGGAGGAGCACUGCUUUUUUUGAUUGCCGCGCUGGUGAUCAGAAAAUGUCUUUGCAAAGACAGGACAUCUCCGGAAACUACGGGAAGAUUGAAUGCUGGUAUGGAUUUUGAGCUGUCUAAGAGGAUGUGAGAACAUGCUAUAUCUGGUGACAGGUUUCAAAAUGAAAGUUCGCCAUGAGAGAAAUAACCCGAGCUACCUUCUUGGGUUACCUGUGGUCGCAGUACUUUACUCGUAUACUUAGCAGUAAAGAGAACCCUUUUUUACAAGCUCACUUAAUGAGUUGAUAGUAUUAGUGUCAAUAUCAGUCAGUAACAAACAGAACAAAUAUAUUGCAAUGUCAGUGUCAUUAAGAGAUUAAACCUCUCACCUAAACCUAGUAUAUCGCUGUUAUAUAAAGAUUAUCAGUAGUACAGAAAAUAGCAGUGGUAAUAGCGCUAGCAGUAGAAGUAGUUGUAGCAAUGGAAGAAGCAGUAUGCUAUAGGAGUGGUGUUCACAAGGGCAGUAGCAGUAACAAUAGCAGGAAGCCAUCAACUAACCUACCUAUACAUCUAAAUCUUAGUUAGAGAUGAUUGUUGGUUACAUAUCUCUAGUUUCCCGUAUAUCAUAGGAGGAAAAUUUUAGGAACGAAGAGUGCACAUAUUAAGUUUAAUUUUCUAUCUGAUUUUGAGUGUGAAACAAGUUUGAAUAAAAGCGUGGAUUGUUUUUAAUUUUGUUGUGCAGUGUGAGAAGCGGUUUUAUAUAUAGCUCAAUCAAUAGCUUUCAUACGCGAUUAGAAUUUAGUUCUUCCCAGGACAGCACUAACUCCUCACCCCUGACAUGACUGUUUCUUCUUUUCUCGUAAAAAAAAAGAAUAAAAAGAAAAAUGUUUCAGCCGCAUUAACUGAAAAGAAAUUAAUAAUUAUAAAAAACUCUAAUUGAAUUUUUGAAAAUGUCCAUUGUUUUUAAGCUCAGCUACCCUAGAUGUAGUUUCUUGUGAGCCAAUAAAACCCAGGAAUUGCAAUAGUAUGGGUAGUUUUCAAAGUGAGACUCAGAAAACCUUCAGAAAUUAUUCAUUGUUCUGUUUCUGAUGGCCACGUCACGUUGUAACCAAUCACAUCCGAGUUAGAACACAAAAGAAAAACUUCAAACCCGGAUAUUGAUCACCAUUGUUGUAGACUGCUUAGUUUUCUCUCAGCUGAUUGGCUUGAACCCUUGAACUCCCAGAAGUGAUUAACAUGUAACUUCUCCCUAUAAUAUCCAUAAAUUAUCCAGUAAACAGGUAAUGAAAAUCCUCAAACUUUUCUGGAAGAAUUUGUUAUUUUGAUCUAACACUAAUUUUCACGGAAAUAUAUAGCUGCCAGAGGGGAGAGUAAGAAGUCAGCGGAACUUGGGAUUUGAAGGGUGAACCCUUUAACCCCCAUGAUCCUAUGAGUAAUUUUCCCCUCUAUUGUCACACCAUUUCCCUAUGAACAAGAUGGGAUUUGGUCCUAUAUCAAGAUAACACCUACUCACCAACAGGCUUAUUGUAUGUUUUUAUAACCUGUUAUAAUAAACAUAUUGGAAUCGUGAGGAGAAAUUACAUGUAGAUAAGUUUUAGAAGUGAAAGAGUUAAAAAUUUUUGGAGCCCCAUACACAGCAUUCCUUGAUUACGAUUAUUUCCAGUUUCAUGAAAUGCGCUUGAGUGAAUAAAACUGUUUAGUUUUGUUUGCGUUUCAGAUACUAUGUCAUUUACUUCAUCCACGCUGUUUCUGGUCCUCAUCUUUGUCAUCUGAACGCUCCAAGCUACUUGCUACUUCUCUCUGCUUCGCUACUCCAGGACAAGAUCAAACAAAAUUUAUUUUACCUCAAUGGCAGUCCUUCUCGCAGAGGUUGUGAAACUUUUCACAAUGUUAGUGGCGAUCUUUUUUCAGUGUGGAAAUGUAAAAGCAUUCACUUUGUAUCUCAUUGCCAAUUUGUUUGUAGAUCACAAGGCUACGUUUCGUCUAUCUGUGCCAUUUUUAUGGUAUGUUGUACAAAAGAAUCUUGUUUAUAGUGCAAUGAUGCAUCUAGAUCUAAAAUCAACAACAUUUCAG